AUGUUAAAAAAUAAGGGUCAUUCAUCUAAACGAGAGAACUUAGCCGUCGCUGCAGUUGCACUACAAGAUCACAUUUUACAUGAUCUUCAACUGCGGGACCUUUCAGUGGCUGAUCAUUCCAAGACAAAGGUACCAAAGAGAGACAACACAUCAAAGUCUCUGAAAAGAAACACAAAAGCUGUCACAGAGACAGGACUUCCAAAGACUGCACCAGGCCCCAAAGAGGAAGACCCAGAAAGAGAGUAUGUUCUUGAUCCAAAGCCGCCUCCAUUAACGUUAGCGCAGAAGCUGGGCCUGUGUGAGCCUCCCCCACCGCCACUCUCCGCAGAUGAGUGGGAGCAGGUGAAGCAGAGGUCCGUCUCGCAGGGGGACUCCUCGCAGCCCUGCCCAAUCUGCAGGGAGGAGUUCCAGCUCCGGCCCCAGGUGCUGCUUUCAUGCUCCCACGUGUUUCACAGGGCGUGCCUGCAGGCCUUCGAGAAGUUCACCAGCAAGAAGACCUGUCCGCUCUGCAGGAGAAGCCAGUACCAAACCCGCGUGAUCCACGACGCGGCCCGGCUCUGCAAAGCCAAGAGUGCGACCCGGAUCCAAGCUUGCUGGAGGGGACACGUGGUUAGGAAGUGGUACCGGGAUCUGAGGAGGACGCUGCCACCCACAGAUGCCAAGUUGAGGAGAAAGUUCUUUGAGGAAAAGUUCACAGAGAUCAGCCAGCGCAUGCUCUGCUCCUACCACACGGACAUAGACGAGCUCUUCGCUGAGAUCGACCACUGCCUGGCCGUCAACCGCAGCGUCCUGCAGCAGCUGGACGGGCAGUGUGGCCGCAGGCUCACGGACGAUGACUGGCAGGAGAUCCAGGCACAGGCCCUGCAGCGGGAGCCCGGCGAGUGCUCCAUCUGCCUGGCACCGCUGGCGGGGAGCGGCCCGCGCCCCCGGAGGACCGUGCUCCUGUCCUGCUCCCACGUGUUCCACCACGCAUGCCUGCUGGCCCUGGAGCAGUUCUCCCUGGGAGACAGCUCGCCCUUCCACGCCUGCCCCCUCUGCCGUGCUUGCUACCAGAAGAAAAUUCUUCCAAGCUGAAGUUCAUGGUCAGGGAAAAGCUGCGCCGUCCGGGGGCAGCAUCUGCCUUAACGUCGGACAAAUUGUGGGGGUUUGGUUAAGGGAAGGACCCUUAUGCAGUUGUGCAUAGGAAAUAUAACUCUAUUUUAAAAGCUGUGUCCAUCUUUACUGUUAAAAGAACAUGCCAGAUUCAUGCAUUUAGCCAGUUGAAACAGGAGAGGGAUGGAUCUAACUUGCGUUUCUGAGGUUCUGUAGCUGCUGACUUGUGCCAAGUGGCCUGGCCAGGGUUGCUCAGAACAGGAGUGCCCCUUCCUCUACCUGCCCGUCUCCACGGGGAGCCAGCAAGGCCGUGGUGGGCACAGGUUGGCAAGGGUGCACCUGUCAACGGUGCCAAGUGGAACAGAAUGCUGGAGACACAGCCUGCUAAUUACUGUCUCAUCCUCUCAAAACGCCAGCACCCGCCUCACUUCUCUGGACCGAUUCCUACCACCGGGGACCAGAGCUCACGCGCCGUUCCAACGGAGCGUCCCA